CUCAAAAAUUUCUUACUUUUCAGCAUGUCUGACUUGGGACAAUUUGACUCUGAUUUUUACCAAUCUAAUUAUACUAUCGAUAACCAGGAGCAGAGUUAUAAUGAUUCUACUGCCUAUGGAAAUACUUAUGGAUCCAGAAGACAGCACUCCAGUGAGCAGCCUUAUCCUGCCUCGUUUGUUCCCCCAGAGAUGCUCAUGCCAUCGGGUUACACAGGACAAUUUUUCCAGCCAGGAUCCAACCCAGAUUAUUAUUCACAAUCUUCUUACAUGGACAAUUUUGAUGAAGAGCCUCCUUUGCUAGAAGAACUUGGAAUUAAUUUCGAUCACAUAUGGCAAAAAACCUUGACCGUGUUAAACCCACUGAAGCCAGCAGAUGGCAGCAUUAUGAAUGAAACAGACCUCACGGGCCCCAUCCUGUUUUGCAUUGCUCUAGGAGCCACCCUGCUUCUGGCAGGAAAAGUCCAGUUUGGCUAUGUGUAUGGCAUGAGCGCCAUUGGCUGCCUCGGGAUUCAUGCCUUGCUAAACUUGAUGAGCUCUUCAGGGGUGUCGUAUGGCUGUGUGGCCAGUGUACUGGGCUACUGCCUGCUCCCCAUGGUCAUCCUGUCCAGCUGUGCCAUCUUCUUUUCGUUGCAGGGCACCUUUGGAACUGUGUCUGCCAUGGUCAUUAUUGGCUGGUGUAGUCUCUCAGCUUCCAAAAUCUUCACUUCAGCCUUGGACAUGGAGGGACAACAGCUUCUCGUUGCCUACCCCUGUGCCUUACUUUAUGGACUUUUUGCCCUUCUCACAGUUUUCUGAGAAGUACUUGAAAUAGUGUCACAAGUUUUUAUUUGUUUAUUAUUCAGACUAUCCUGGGGAUGUUUUGGUAUCCAGAUUUGGUAAUAUGAUCUCUAUUUUAUCAUGUGGCAGAAAAAUAAGCAGAGAGACAAAUGGAACUUAAGGAUUGGUACUCUAAUGGCCUCUUUGGUUUUGAAUUAUGUUUUGCUUUUAUGGUUUGGUGCAUUAAAACAUUCUUAGAUGCUUUAAUGUAAAAGGGAUAAUAGUUGUUGCACUGAUAAACAGUGUAUCAUUUCUGAAUCAUUUCUGAGAAAUUUGAAGUAAAUAAUAUCACAAACUGAUCGUCUAAAGCAGCUCUAUAGCAAACCUUUUGAGAAAAUCUCAAAUUUGGGCAGUACAUUAACUCACCAUAUUUUCAAGCCCUCACUUCCCUCUUAUUUAGUUUAUAUUCCAUGAUCUGUUAAUAGAAUGUUUCUCUUGU